AUGCCCGAAAAGAUCAAGGGAGACUCCCCUCCCAGGGAUGACUGCAAAGAUUUCGAAAAUGAAGGCACCAUGUUGACCUUCUCGGCCGAGGAUGAGAAGCGCAUCAUUCGGAAAAUCGACUGGAAUCUAAUGCCCCUGUUGACCUUCUCCUACGCCUUGCAAUUCUUGGACAAAACCAGUCUGUCCUACAGCGCCAUUCUUGGGAUCAGGGAAGAUCUAAAAUUGGUCGGUCAAGAAUACAGCUGGGCGUCCAGCAUCUUCUAUAUCGGUUACUUGGCGGCGUCGUACCCUAUCUCCUUUGGUUUCGUCAAAUUCCCCCUGGGGAAGUACCUGAGUGUUCUAAUUUUUCUUUGGGGAGUCAUUCUUACCUUCCAUGCGCUUGCGUCCAACUAUGCCAGUCUCAUGGUUCUGCGGACCUUCCUGGGGGUGUUCGAAUCAGCCAUCAGUCCAGGGUUCUCCCUAAUCACUGGCAUGUGGUACACCCCGAAAGAACACGUCUCAAGACAUUCAGUUUGGUUCUGUGGAAAUGCCGCUGCAGGGAUCAUCGGGUCUCUUAUAUCCUAUGGCAUUCUGUAUUACGGAGGGGAGUUUGCCAAAUGGAAAAUCUUGUUUUUGACCUUCGGCCUGUUGACCGUGGCGUGGUCAAUAGUCCUCUUCUUCUUUCUCCCCGACUCCCCCUUGAACGCGCAUUUCCUCACGUCCGCGGAGCGAGAGUUCGUCUCCCUGAGACCGAAGAAAUUCCAGCGCACUACCCAGACCAAGAAAUGGGAUCGUGGUCAAUUCAUCGAGACCAUGACUGACGUGAAGACCUGGUGGUUCUUGGUAUUUUCCUUCAUCAUCUGUGUUCCAAACGGAGGCACGACUAGCACGCUCAUUAUCAACGGCUUCGGAUACGACGUAUACAAGACCAUCCUCAUGGGGCUGCCAGCUCCCGCCUUCCAGUUGACCACAGUCAUCCUGACGGCUCUAUUUGCCUCCAAUGUCCGCAAGUCGCGGCUGAUUGCCUUUGUGUUAAUCUUCCUUAUGGGACUGGCUGGUAUCUUGAUGAUCAAACUUCUCCCCGAAGAACAGAAACUGUCUCGCCUGGCUGGCUUCUGGCUCGUCACGGGUAUCGCGCCCGCCUUUCCCGUCAUGAUGUCGCUGUUUGCCAGUAAUACAGCUGGAUUCACGAAGAAGUCCACGACGGCUGCGGUGAUCUUUGUGGGUUACUGCGUUGGCAAUCUGGUUGGGCCGCAGUUCUUCAAGAGCAACGAAGCGCCAAACUAUACCACUGCAUACACCACUAUCCUGGUAUGCUUUGUCAUCACGAUCUUCCUGGUUAUCGGCCUCCGUAUAUACUUGGAUCUGGUAAACAAACGGCGGGAUCGCGAACAGGGUGUCCAUAUCGACGCUGAAACGAGUCGAACUGUUCAUCUAGACACCGAUGAUAGUCUGGAGGAAGUUGAUGAGACCGAUAAACAGAACAGAAGCUUCCGCUAUGUUCUGUAG